AUGACUGAAGAAAGAAGGGACUUACUAGCGCAUAAGAUUGUAACUGACAAGUGUCAUAGCUGUGAGAAAAGUGAGAAAGGAAGUUUGGUUGAAGUAACCUUGCAACCAACCGACAAUGAAGAACAUGUAGGUGUUUCUGAAGUUUGUUCGGUUAAGAACCAGAAGAUUAUAGAAAAGUAUAAUCUGAGUGAUGAAGAAAAAGAAAAGAUGGAAGCUAAAGAAAGUGCGGUUGAAACAACCUUGCAAUCAACAGAGAAUGCAAAAGGACAAAGGGUUUCUGAUGCUCGCUUAGCCAAAAACCAGAGGCGGAGAGAAAGGUAUACUGCAUUGAGUCAUGAAGAAAAAGAAAAGAUAAAUGCUUCGAGAAGAGAACGGUACAAAGAUAUGUACGCUGAAAGGAAAGAAAGAAUAAAUGCAUUGCGUAGAGAAAAAUAUCGUGCUUCUAAAGAAAAGAGAUCGAGCCAGAAUAAAAAUAUUGAUGGACCCAAUAUAGAUAAUUGUCAUUUGCUAGAUUCUGCGUCUGCCGACUCAAAAGAGCAACAUGGUCAUGGUUCUUCAAGUGUUGGAAGCAAAUCUGAUGCAGUAAAAUCUGAAGCUAUAAACAAGGACAUUUCCAAAUCAUCUUCUGUUGAAAGGAGGAAGAAAAAACGAGGUAAGAGUAGGAUACACAAUGCUGGAAGCAUAUCCGAAACAAUACAGUCUGAAGCUAUGAACGAGGGAAUUUCUAAAUCAUCUUCUGUUGAAAUAAGCAUACAAAAACGAGGCGAUAGAAACUUGGCUGAAACUGAAAUGACUGCAAGCUCAGAAGAAGAAGCCUCAAGUGCUAAGGACAAAAGUAUUAUGCCGCAAGCACAGAAUCAGCCUGUACCUGGAUCAGUUGGAAUGCCAGAAGCAUCACCGGACCGAUCUAUUGGAUUUGGUCGUCUUUAUAGUGGUGGACUCUUGCCUUAUAGGUCAGGUAGCCUGAACCUUGAUCACAGAGUGGUGGAAAAUGAUGGGAGUCCCCUUGGUCCUUUUGGGAGGGUUUUCACUCAGGAGUUCCCUGAAUAUUGUCCAAACAUAGAAUGUUACACCGGACAGGAAUUUCCACUGAAGGAUUUGGCUGUGGUGUGCGGCAUUAAGCAGUAUUGGGUUUUGCCACUUUAUGAAUUUGAUGGGCAGGAGAACAACUGUUAUGGCAUUCUUGAGUGCUUAUCAUGUAGAAAGUGUACAAAUCCAGAAUCUUUAAUCCCAUUUGAUAGGAUCCUCGAUGCACUUAAGCUGAUAGGUCUUGAGUGUCCAGCUUCACAUCUCAAAAAGAGAUAUGAUACCGAGAUAGAUCUAUUUGUUUCACAAGUACGAAUGGAUGACAUUCUGGAGAUAGUAAGGAAAAAACACCAGCUACCUCUUGUUCAAGUAUGGGUUCCUUGUAAGUACAGUGGUCCUGCGGCUGUAAGUGACAAGAGUUCCUGCAAUUCCUCAAGUGCAGCAGGUAAGAUCACCGGAUUAUUCCCUCAUGUGACAUCUGUUGAUUCGAAUAUAAGGUAUGCUUCAGAGCUUUAUCAAAUGACUUCAAAAGCAACUUGUUUGGUUAAGGAGGGGGAAGGUUUGGUUGGAAAAGCAUAUUCUCUACAUAAGCCAUGCUUCUCGACAGAUACACGCAAACAUGGUAUCUCCAGUUACCCUCUUGUUCAUCUGACUCGUUCCUCCAAUCUUGCAUCUUCAUUUGCUAUUCCCAUGCCAAUAAUUCAUCCAGACAUUCCUCCUUUAAUAUUAGAAGUCUUUCUCCCGAACCAGCAGAACGUUGAUGGGAAUCUAGUAACUCUAUUGGAGUCAUUUUUGUCUACAGUGGCUCAAGAGCUCUCUGUGCAUAAUGUUGAUUUUUGGUUAAAACAAAACGAGGCAUUCAAUGUCAAAAUCUCUCAAUCGGAUGGUGAUGAUAUUGUUUACUUUGAUGUGCAUCGGAUUGUUGGGAUUUCAGAAAGAGAAGAGCAGGAGUUUCCAUCGACAAAAUCAUCACCAUUCUAUAGUGUUGAAGUUGGUAACAACGAAAAUGGUGAUGCUAGUGCAACUGUUAGAAAGGAAAACCAAGUUCAUUACAUUCAAUCAAAUCAGAAGAACCCAAGUACAUCUGCUGAGUCUGAUGUUAUUGAUGUUGUCAAACAAUUCAAGACUAGACGCGGCUCAAGAAAUAACCAUGAAACUGGUGAUGAAAGAGCAACUGCUCGAGAGAAAAACAAAAUUUGUUCCAUUCAAUCAGAUCAGGAGACCCCAAGUACAUCUGAUGUGCCUCAUGGUGUUGAAGUUGUCAAACAUUUCAAGAUUAGACGCCGCUUAAAUAAUGACAAUGAAAAUGAUGAUGCAAGUGCAACUGCUAGAAAGAAAAACAGAGUUGAUAGUGUUGAAGUUGUCAAACAAUACAAGAUUAGACGGCGCCCAAAUAGCAACCCAAGAGAGAAAAAGGCAUCAGCUGCGAAUUCCGUUCCUUCAAUGGCAAAGAAUAAAAGUGGGGUGACAGAAAAUGACGAGAUUGAUCACAGCCACACCAUGAUUGUUAAGGCAACUUACAAAGACGACAUUGUGAAGUUUCCCAUUUGCAGUAAUGUAAGCAUUGAAGAAUUGCGGAAAGAAUUGGAUGAAAGCUUCGAACUAAAAGGUAAAAGGUUCAAAAUCAAGUAUAGCGAUGAAGGUGAUUGGGUUAUGAUUUCUCGCAACAAAGAUUUGCGCUAUCAUAUGGAGAAUUUGAUGUAA